AUGGCUCUCCCAUCUCUGGUUGCCUAUGCGGGUGGUGAUGACGGCGAUUCGGAUUCCGAGAAUACUCCCAAAUCUGGGUCCGCUAGGUCAAAUAGGUCCGACUCAUUUGUUGGCUCUCCACCACCGAUCAAAGUGGGCCGAAAGGAGUCUGACAUCUGGGGAGAGGACGACGAUGCAUUCAACGUUGGUGGCAUCAAAGAAAAAUUCACCCCCGAUUCGGCUCGUGCAUCUUCGUCUUGGGACUUCAAUAAGAAGCCGCAGGCUGCUCCCUCUAUCAAUCAACGUGGCGAGCCAAUAAUAGGGAAUGCCAUGCCCAAGGUAUCGAGCUUGUUGUCCCUGGCCGAUUAUCAUGGAGAGGAAGAUUCAUUUACGAGAUACGACAAAGAGCAUGCAGAUGAAGAUAUGAGGACUGGAUCUACACAGAGCUCGAGUGCGGGUAGCGAUUAUUCAAGGAAUAGCGAUGAAAGACGCGAACCGCGGCCUCCUGCUCGGAAGUCAGACGAUGAAGAUUUAGUGGAAUGUCUUUUGGCUGCCGGGGAACAGGCGAUUACUCAAGGAUAUCAGACGGACGACGGUUCGGCUAGCCCUAUGCCCACUAACACGCAGGAGCAAGUUGACUCGCCAAAAUAUGAACAGCCCGACGAACCGAUUGAGUUGCCUUCCGACGCCGAAGGUGAAGCCGAUCCGGAAGUUGAGGCAAAGUUUGCUCAACUUUUCGAGCGCAAGGCCGAGGGGUUCAACAUAAACCAAAAGCUUUUCAACAACCGCACCUUCACAAAUCCCAGUGGCUAUGUUAUCAUCAAAGAAAAGUUUCGAAUUAACGAGUUGGGAACGAACUUCCGCAAGGACAUCUAUGACCCGUCCAUCUUCCCGGAGGAUUGUUUCUACGACAAACUAGCCGAAGCCCAAAAUCGUCUGAUGGACCCUGAUGCGGCUGGCGGAUCGGGCAAGAAAAAGAAAUCC